UCGAGGCGGACAGACUAAUAAUUUGACGGCAAUUGGGAAAUCGCGUCUCCCAAAGAAAAUAGAUCCUUUUUGGGACAAAGGAUUCUUCCCCGUUUGGAAGAGGAGCGAUUGCUAAUUAACUUUUCCGAUUUAGAUAUUUAACGAUAUCCUGGAACUUUGUGUAUUGGGUUCACACGACAAGAUUGAAAAAACUUGGAACUGCUCAUACAAAAUUUCCAAGGAAUACCGUUUGGAUAAUGGGACAUAAGUAGUUUCUUUAUAAUUUACGUUAAAAUCUGUUGUCGGAUAUAGGAUGUACAAUUUGUUAAGGAGAGGCAUUUAUCCGCAUUACUAUGUACUCAAUAUUAGUUUUAAUUUUAACGACAGCGUACUAGGUCUUGCUUACAUAAAACCUUCCAAUUCAGCAUUCGGCUGGUGUAUGUUAUGACAUUUCACUUUAAUAUAAAUGCAAGUCUUUGUUAUUCAAAUAGAAGUCCUGUUUCUGAAAUAUGAGCAUAUUUCACAUUUUAUAUCCUGUACGCAAAACUUUACGAAACUUGUUUAGAUUUUAAAAGAAACGUUACUUAGUUAUUUAGUUUCAUAUAUCUAUUCAGUUGAAUAGAGGACGAAUAGGAAUGCACUAGAUAUCAUGUUAACUAAUUCAAAAACAAAACACUUGAAAUGUAAUCACUACACUUAUAAUUACCUCUAUAAAAUCAUGUUCUUCCAUGAGUUAGCAUGCAAUCAAUCAUGGGUUCUCUAACGGUGUGUGUGUUCCUGCUCAGUUUGUGCGCGGGUGUUCUAUCUUGUGAGCUAAAAUCUUCAGAGAAAGUUAUUUCACAGAGAGCAUCCUUGGAAACUUACAUCAAAGAGAAGAAACCAUCAAUCGGCAAUCAGUACCGGCUGCUGUACCAUGUGGCGCCUCCGGUCGGCUGGAUGAACGACCCAAAUGGGUUUUCAUACUUCAAAGGACAGUUUCAUCUGUUCUACCAGUUCUACCCCUACAAUAGCUCCUUGAGUCCAGCUGCAUCCAUUCAUUGGGGCCACUCUACUAGCGCAAAUCUUAUCGACUGGACGGAACAACCGACUGCUUUGAUUCCCGACGAAGAACAAAUAUUUUCCGGUAGUGCUAUUGAGAUAAGUGGCACGUUAGUCUUGAUGUACACCGCUCACAUAAAUCCGGCAAUCGCAGGACAGAACGCAACAGAGUUACAGUACCUGGCAUUCAGUAAUGAUGGUAUUGUUUUUAACAAAUACAAAAACAAUCCCGUCAUUUCUCGAUCACCAAACGGAUCUCCUGAUUUCCGAGAUCCUAAGGUAUGGAAAUAUGGCGACUAUUAUUAUGUUGUCCUCGGCAGUAGAACUGAUCAAGGGCUUGGAAGAGUAUUGUUAUACAGAUCACAGGACAUGGCCAGUUGGACGUUUUUGUCUGUAGUGGGACAACCGUCAAGUCGAAUGGGAUACAUGUGGGAAUGUCCGGAUUUCUUCGAGCUCGGCGGCAAGUAUAUUCUUCUCAUGUCUCCACAGGGCAUAAUUGCUGAAGGUGACAGAUAUAAAAACUUGUACCAAACAGGGUACAUUAUUGGCGAUUUCAAUUACCAAAAUCACGAAUUCGUGGAACGGGUACCAUUCCAAGAAAUUGACUACGGGCACGACUUCUACGCCACACAGACCGCUGAGCGGGACGGCAAGAGGUACUUGAUUGCGUGGUUCGGCAUGUGGAAUACAACCUUUCCGGAAUCCGCUGAAGGCUGGGCAGGAGCAAUGACUAUUUUCAGAGAGCUAACACUAAGGGGAGACCGUAUCUUAAUGAGGCCAGUGAGCACUAUAAACAGUUUAAGAGAAUCAUCAGCUUUUAAUGGGGACCUGAUUCAGAAUGCAGCUAUACAACUGAAUAAAACUGGAGAACUGAACGUGAGUGGUAACCUGUCGCAAGCGAUUGAUCUGGAUAUAAAGGGCAGUGAAGGUGGUGGUGUAAGGAUUCGAUGGAAUGCAACUUCAAAGAUAGUCUCUGUUGACAGAGACGGUGAUGUAAGGCAGGGCCCCUGGACUCCAGUGGGCUCGACCUCCUGGAGAAUCUUCUUAGACGCGAGUUCCAUGGAACUGUUCUGUGGUGAAGGAGAAGUUGUAUUCAGUUCUAGGGCAUACCCUACCGGGCAUUGGGUUGUGACUAACCUUAGUGCCCAGUCACUCUCUGUUUCUGCGUUCCGAUUGAGAAAAAGUGUUUAGUGAAUUAUUAUUACGUAAAUAAUGUAACAAUUAAAUUGUGCGUCAUUGUUUUUCUAUUGCUUUCAAUUUAUAAAAAGUGUUAACUUUGACUUAUUAAGAGAUUUUAUGUAAUUUGUGCUAUUGUCUGAGUAAGAAUAUUAAUUUAUUAAGUAUACCAACAGCAUAACAUACAUUUAGUACAAAUUAAAUCAGGAAUAACGUCGUUUGUUAUAUGCAUGAACAUAACGAGUAUAGAUACACACAGCAUUUACAACAUAUGUGUACUAAGGAUUUUUUGUGUAUGU